CGCGUCCGUGAAGACGGAGCGCCUGCUGACGCUGGUGCCGCGCGCCGCCGCCUGCCCGCUCGCCUGCUCGCCCGCCACGCGCGCCACCAUCCUCGAGCUCUUCCUCGCCCUGCAGCACCCCUACAUCUACCCGGUGCUCGACCUCGACUUCCGCGAGGCCACCGGCCAGAGCUACGUCAUCCUCGUGCUGCCCUUCAACAGCAAGGGCUCGCUCAAGGACCUCAUCUACAAGAGCCGGUGGCAGGACGACUGGUCGCAGAAGUACGGGCAGCGCAGCGAGGGGCUGCCGGUGUGGCAGGUGCAGCGCCUGGGGCGGCAGAUCCUGGAGGCGCUGCUGUUCCUGAAGGAGCGCGGCUUCCCGCCCUGCGGCCACCUGCACUCGGGCAAUGUCAUCCUGCAGAACGGCGUGGCGCGCCUCACGGGCCUCGAGAACACGCUGCUGGGCCACACGUCGCGCGUGCACCCCAUCGUGUGGGGGCUGGCGCGCGCCGAUCCGGCCGCCGUCGACGUCGUCUGCUUCGGGCACGUGCUGUUCGAGAUGUGCGCGGGCUACGAGCUGUGCGCGUCGCGGCCGUCGGCGGGGCAGCUGGCGGACCUGGCGGGCUACCCGGCCGUGCAGCAGAUCCUCGACCUCAUCUUCCAGCCGGCGGACGGCCGCUUCCCCGGGCUGCAGGAGCUGCUCGUGCUCGACUUCUUCCGGAACAUCGACCUGCGCGAGAUGCGCGCCGCGCCGCUGCCGUUGAAAAUAUGGCUAUAUUCCUCAAGUGCUACAAAUAUCAAGAAAGAUUUGUAA